ACAGCUGCGAGCAUGGGUCUGCGAAGUACCUGGCCUUGUGCGGCCUCGGUGGGGUGGUGAGCUGCGGCCUGACCCACACGGCUGUGGUGCCUCUGGACCUGGUAAAGUGCCGCAUGCAGGCAGACCCCAGUCGCUACCGGGGCCUGAUGCAGGCUUUUAAUCUCACCCUCCAAGAGGAGGGGGUGCGUGGGUUGGCCAAGGGAUGGGCCCCCACCUGUGUGGGCUAUUCUCUGCAGGGCCUCUGCAAGUUUGGCUUAUAUGAGGUCUUCAAGCUGCGUUAUGCUGACAUGUUGGGACCUGAACGAGCCUACCUGUGGCGGACCAGCCUCUACCUGGCUGCCUCAGCCAGUGCCGAGUUCUUCGCUGACAUUGCUCUGUCCCCCAUGGAGGCAGCCAAGGUGCGAAUCCAGACACAGCCAGGCUACGCGAAUACAUUACGGGUGGCUCUCCCCAAGAUGUAUGUUGAGGAGGGGGUGUGGGCCUUCUACAAGGGAGUGGGUCCGCUCUGGAUGCGCCAGAUCCCCUAUACCAUGAUGAAGUUUGCCUGUUUUGAGCGCACCUUAGAGGCCCUCUAUGCCUAUGUGGUGCCCAAGCCACGCAGUGAGUGCUCCAUGCCCGAGCAGCUUGGCGUCACCUUUGUUGCUGGCUAUAUAGCUGGUAUCUUUUGUGCUAUAGUUUCCCACCCAGCUGACUCUGUGGUGUCUGUGCUCAACAAGCAAAGGGGCAGCGGCGCUAUGGAAGUCCUCAAGAAUCUGGGCUUCGUAGGUGUGUGGAAAGGCCUCUUUCCCCGCAUCAUCAUGAUUGGCACCCUCACAGCCCUGCAGUGGUUCAUUUAUGACUCAGUCAAGGUCUAUUUCAGGCUCCCAAGACCACCACCACCAGAGAUGCCUGCAUCACUGAAAGAAGGGUUUUUAAGUAGAUUCAGCUCAUAGAUGCUGCAUUGUACUGUUUCAUUCAUGGCUCUGUGGAUCUGUUUCAGGCUUCUGUACCCAUUCCCAUCUCAAAAAGCUACCUCUCCAGAGAGAGACUGAGUGGAGUGGUUAACCUUUUCCCACAACUUCCAGUUUCAUAAUUUCUUCACUGCAUUCAUUCUGUCAAUUUCAGGUUCCAACCAUCAUUUUAGAUGCCCUAAUCUCUGGACUUUUGGAUUUACAUUUGACAGCUGUGUUAAAGGUCUGUUUUUGCAAACUUCAGUUUGUCAGCAUGUGGCUCUUAAUGCCUGUGUUUAUUUUGUUUUCCAUGGAUAGUAACUCUGAAAAUUUAAAUGCAACAGUCAUAUUCCCUAUUAUAGACAAAAUGUACAUGUUUUUAGAUUGAUGUUUAUUUUGCACUCGUAUUUAGUGAAACCAAAACAUUAAAAAUGGCUAUGAAUACUAUACAUAAGUUAAUAUGUUCAGAAUAUAAUAAUUUACACCAUACUCAGACUAAAGGGUUUAUCCACAUUGUUUAUUGGAAUUCCAUAUUUGCAGUUUUGUUUACAGAGUAUUAUAUUUUAAAGGUUAGGAUAUUGAGGACAGUUAUUUAUGUGUGUUUGAUAUAAAACUUCUGAGAUGUUAGAAGUAUUUGUUAAUAGUCAAUUAAACAAAGGUGUCCUGCUCCCAAAUUAGAUAAAUCUGGGCAAAAAAUAGUUAAUCCUUAUUAUCCCUUAUUUACAUACUUUAUGUUGAAUAAAUAAUUUGGAAUAGAAGAAUAAGUAUAAUAUGCCCUAAUUUGGUGCCAUUUCUAUCUGUGGCAAACACCUUCCUUUAUUUAAGCACAGAUCGAAUUGAUGUGUGCUGUGGAGUUUUUUUGAUAAAAGGGAUAUGGGCAUGAUGUAACUUAAAUGAGAUAUGGCCUGCAAGUUAUUCAGCUAUGCAUGAAUGCCAAACAAAGUACAUCUGAACAUAAUUUUCCCUGGAAUGUUGUUUAUUAAAUGUUUACAAAUGUUAUGUGGAAAUUUAAAGAGUUAACAAAGCAAAUAAAAAUGCAUUUUGUCCUGUGGGAAA